ACCGAUCAUACAGUGUGUCUGCCAUGUCCCGACCGUUCUCGAUCACUACUACCUACUCCAGGAGUUAGACAGGAGCCAUGAGCGUCACGACGGACCCAGAUCGCUGGUUCCACGGCCGUAUCACGAGAGAAAACGCGGCUCACCUACUCAGCAAUGGGCCGGGCGGUCGCCGAGAAGGACUGUUUUUGGUUCGCGAAUCCCUUCGUAUGCCGGGGAGCUUCGUGCUCACCAUGUGGGCAAGGAACCAGGUUCACCACUUUCAGAUACUCGGACACGGUGACGGCUGGUUCUCCGUGGACAACGGGCCGCUGUUUCAAGGCCUGGACGAACUGGUGCGCCACUACCGCGUCCGUCCCGACGGGCUCCCGGCGCAGCUCCACGACUUUGUCGUGGGUGCGACGCCUCCGCUGGCCGCCAGAAAGCGGCUGGAGACGGAGCUGCACAGGGCCGUGGUGGCCAAAGACGCCGCGGCCGUGAAACGGAUUAUUAACCUGGGAGGAGGGAGCGGUGUGAACUCACAGAGCGGAGACGGCUCUACGCCCGUCCACGAAGCCGCCAAGAGAGGGCUGAGCGACAUACUAGAGCUCAUGCUGCCCCACAAACCUGACUUGACCGUCAGAGACUCCAAAGGCUCUACAGCUCUGCAGCUGGCAUCUCGUAAUGGAUUCCACGGAGUAGUGAGGCUCCUCGUCGAGAGAGGAGGUGCCGAUGUCCAGGAGAGGAAUGCCACAACUGGCUGGGUGGCCCUACACGAGGCUGCCUUCAGAGGACACCCUGAAUGCGUCAAGACUCUGCUGAUGUUGAAUGCACCGCUGAGGCCCAGAACUCCCGACGAGGACACACCGCGGGAGCUGGCCAUCAGAUACAAACAGAAGGAUGUGGUGGAACUAAUAGAUUGGGCGGCCAGUAACUACCCAAAGCCACACACCAGCACAGCAGAGUGGCUUCAUAAAGCAAUUGACAGAAGUAAAGCUGUCCAGCUGCUGCAGAAGAUGGGCCAAGCGGACGGGAGUUUCCUUGUGCGACCCAAUUCCCGUCGCCCCGGUUACUACGCCCUCACCCUCAUCUACAACCAGAUGCCCUAUCAUUAUGAGAUCCCCCUACCUGGACAAAUUCUCUUCUCCUCAAAGUCGCGUCACACGGCGGCGCCACACAAGAAUCCCACCCGGGCCCCCGCCCAGACCCCCACGGCAGUUACGCCCCCCGUGGUCCCAAAACGUACGUCGACCCUGGCAACCGCUCAAGUCAAUGGAGCAACAAAACAGGACCCUCCUCCCCCACCAUUCAACAGACCCAGCAGGGACCCCUAUCAAAUGGUGGCCAUCAAAGAAGAGAGCAUCAAGCUCGGCCAGGAAUUAGGACAGGGAGAGUUUGGGUCUGUCCUGAAAGGGGUCUACACCGGCAGUAAAGGAGUCAAGAUGGAUGUGGCGGUGAAAACACUGCGUAUGGAUGCCAUGGGUCACGGAGAAAAGGUUGGACAACUGUAUGCGCCGGAGUCGAUAAACUACGGUACAUUCUCCCAUGCCAGCGAUGUGUGGAGUUACGGCAUUACUCUCUGGGAGAUGUUCUCUUACGGCGAACAGCCCUACGGAGACCUCACUGGAGCAGAGGUGACACGUCACAUGACAAUCAUGUGA